GCACAAGAUCCCAACUCUAGACAAAACCAUGACUUUAGACAAGGAAGCACAAAGGUCCCAACCCUAGACAAAACCGUGACUUUAGACAAGGAAGCACAAGAUCCCAACUCUAGACAAAACCAUGACUUAAGACAAGGAAGUACAAGGCCCCAACUCUAG